AUGGGCGAGGCCAAGUGUCCCGUGAACCACCUCAACGCCGCGGGCGGCGGAACCAGAAACAAGGAUUGGUGGCCCGAGUCUCUCAAGCUCAACAUUCUUCGCCAGCACACACAUGUGACGAACCCUCUUGGAGCCGACUUUGACUACCCCACUGCUUUCAAGUCUCUUGACUAUGCCGCUGUCAAGAAGGACCUUACAGCCCUUAUGACUGAUUCCCAAGACUGGUGGCCUGCUGAUUUCGGCCACUACGGAGGUCUCUUUAUUCGUCUUGCGUGGCACAGCGCUGGUACAUACCGUGUCUUUGAUGGUCGCGGCGGUGGUGGCCAGGGCCAACAACGAUUCGCACCACUCAACAGUUGGCCCGACAACGUGAGCUUGGACAAGGGCCGCCGUCUGCUGUGGCCCAUCAAGCAAAAGUAUGGCAACAAGCUGUCAUGGGCUGAUCUCUUCAUUCUGUCUGGCAACGUUGCUCUCGAGUCCAUGGGAUUCAAGACGCUUGGAUUUGCUGGCGGCCGUUCAGACACCUGGGAAGCCGACGAGUCUGUCUACUGGGGUGGCGAAACCACAUGGCUCGGCAACGAUGUUCGAUAUUCCCACGGUUUCGCAGGCCCUGGCGGCUCAGGCCACGGCGUUCUCAACACCGACGAAAAGAAACACAAAGACAUUCACUCUCGCGACCUGGAGUCUCCCCUUAGUGCUUCACACAUGGGUCUGAUUUACGUCAACCCAGAGGGUCCUGAUGCCAGCGCCGAUAUUCUGGCUGCCGCUCGGGACAUCCGUGUUACUUUUGCCCGCAUGGCCAUGAAUGACGAAGAGACCGUCGCUCUUAUUGCUGGUGGCCACACCUUCGGUAAGACUCACGGUGCCGGUCCUUCAAGCCAUGUUGGCCCAGAGCCCUUCGCUGCCCCCCUCGAGAACCAAGGACUCGGCUGGGUCAGCUCCUUCAACUCUGGAAAGGGUGCGGAUGCCAUCACCAGUGGUCUUGAGGUGACCUGGACCAAGACUCCAACUCAGUGGAGCAACCAGUUCUUCGAGUACCUAUUCAAGUAUGAAUGGGAGCUCACCACAAGCCCUGCCGGUGCCAAGCAGUGGGUGGCGAAGAACGCCGAGCCCAUCAUUCCCCACGCUUUUGAUUCUUCCAAGAAGCUGCUGCCUACCAUGUUGACCACCGAUCUGUCUCUGCGUUUUGACCCCGAGUACGAGAAGAUCUCUCGUCGUUUCUUGGCGAACCAAGAUCAGUUCGCUGAAGCUUUUGCCAAGGCCUGGUUCAAGCUGACACACCGUGACAUGGGACCUCUCAGCCGAUACGUUGGCCCUGAAAUCCCCAAGGAGGAAUUCUCCUGGCAAGACCCCAUCCCCGCCGUCAACUACACUCUUGUCAACGACAGCGACAUUGCUACGCUCAAGAGCCAGAUCUUGGCAUCCGGAGUGUCACCAUCCAAGCUUGUUUCCACCGCAUGGGCGUCUGCUUCGACCUUCCGAGGCAGCGACAAGCGUGGUGGUGCCAACGGUGCUCGUAUCCGCCUGUCACCGCAGAAGGACUGGAAGGUCAACAACCCUCCUCAGCUGGCCGAGGUUCUGCAGGCCCUGGAAAAGAUUCAGCAGAGCUUCAACAGCUCCCAGGGUGACAAGAAGGUAUCUCUUGCUGACCUGAUUGUCCUGGCGGGAGCUGCUGCUAUUGAGAAGGCUGCCAAGGAUGCGGGACACAACAUCACCGUCCCCUUUACUCCUGGUCGCAACGACGCUACUCAGGAGCAGACUGAUGUUGAGUCAGUUGGCUACCUCGAGCCCAUUGCCGAUGGCUUCCGCAACUACGGCAAGUCGACUCCAAGAGUCAAGCUGGAGCACUUCCUGGUUGACAGGGCACAUCUUCUCACCCUCUCUGUUCCUGAGCUGACUGUUCUUGUUGGCGGUCUGCGUGUUCUGGGCACCAACUUUGACGGAUCAACUCACGGUGUCUUCACCAACCGUCCUGGAGCUCUGACCAACGACUUCUUUGUCAACCUCUUGGACAUGGGAACCGUCUGGAAGGCCAACUCAUCUGACAGCGACCUCUUCGAGGGCAGUGACCGCAAGAGCGGUGCCAAGAAAUGGACUGGUACCCGCGUUGACCUCAUCUUCGGCUCUCACCCUGAGCUGCGUGCCGUCUCCGAAGUGUACGGCAGCUCCGAUGGCAGCCAGAAGUUUGUCAACGACUUUGUCACUGCUUGGACAAAGGUCUCCAACCUGGAUCGCUUUGACCUUCCCAAGGAGUCUGGCUCCAAACCUCGCUUGUAA